AUGGCGGCCACCACGGUGACGGACGCGGGCAGCGUGAGGAUCAUCACGGAGGUGAUCCCGGCCACGGAUCCCCGGGCAGCCCAGCUGGCCUCAGGCUCCCGGGCACCUGCCAGGACCUCAUUCCAAACACAAGGCUUCCGCAGGGCUCAUCCCAAGGUGUUGGGGACCAUCCACAUCUUCACUGGAAUUGCCCACAUCUGCUUUGGGAUCAUCCUGACACUGUCGGAGCACAGGAACCCUUCCCUCCCUGUGGCCAGCGGGGUCCUCUUCUGGUUGGGGAUCCUGCUCCUGGUCUCGGGCUCGUUGCUGGUGGAAAGUGAAAGGAGAGACAGCCCUGCGCUGGUCAAGGCCUGCUGCGUGCUCAGUGUGGGCGUUAUCCUGGGCACGCUGGUGGCCAUCGGGAUCCACGGCACAGCCAUCACCCAGAUCACACCCGGCUGCGGGAAACCCGAGCCCUUCCGGACCCGCCCGGAAUGGUGCCUCCACAUGGAGAGCAAGAAGCUGAGCAACGGCCUGGAUUCCAUCCUGGUGCUGCUCGGCCUCCUGGAAUUCUGCGUGGCCGUGGCGGUUCUGGCGUUCGGAUACGACACGGUGUGGGAGCACACGUACACCCAGCUGGCGCUGUAGCCACGGCCCAGCCCCGCACGUGGAGCCCCCUGGGAUGCCCUCAGCGUGUUCGUUCCCCAAUAAAGGCCUUUCCCUCAGCCCGGCCCGCCCGUGUCUCCGGGGGUUACUCGGGGUGCGGGGGGGCUCGCCCUGAGUGUGUUUGGGGCAGUUCGGGGGGGGUCCCGGUACCGGCGCCCACGGUGCUGGGCGGAGCUGCCCGGCACAAAGAGGGCGGCCGUACCCCGUACAAAGAUGGCGGCCA